UCAUAACAACAAACAAACAAACAACAACAUACAAGAAGAAGAAAGGCAAGAGUUGAGGGUUAGAACGAUGGACGUUUUUGUUGAUGGUGAAUUGGAGUCUCUCUUGGGGAUGUUCAACUUUGAUCAAUGUUCAUCAUCUAAGGAGGAUAGACCGCGAGACGAGAUGCUUGGCCUCUCUAGCCUCUACAAUGGUCAUAUUCAUCAACAUCAACACCAUAACAAUGUCUUAUCUUCUGAUCAUCAUGCUCUCUUGCUUCCUGAUAUGUUCCCAUUUGGUGCAAUGCCGGGAGGAAAUCUUCCGGCUAUGCUUGAUUCUUGGGAUCAAAAUCAUCACCUCCAAGAAACGUCCUCUCUUAAGAGGAAACUACUUGACGUGGAGAAUCUAUGCAAAACUAACUCUAACUGUGACGUCACAAGACAAGAGCUUGCGAAAUCCAAGAAAAAACAGAGGGUAAGCCCGGAAAGCAAUACAGUUGACGAAAGCAACACUAAUUGGAUAGAUGGUCAGAGUUUAAGCAACAGUUCAGAUGAUGAGAAAGCUUCGGUCACAAGUGUUAAAGGCAAAACAAGAGCCACCAAAGGGACAGCUACUGAUCCUCAAAGCCUUUAUGCUCGGAAACGAAGAGAGAAGAUUAACGAAAGGCUCAAGACACUACAAAACCUUGUGCCAAACGGGACAAAAGUCGAUAUAAGCACGAUGCUUGAAGAAGCGGUCCAUUACGUCAAGUUCUUGCAGCUUCAGAUUAAGUUGUUGAGCUCGGAUGAUCUAUGGAUGUACGCACCAUUGGCUUACAACGGACUCGACAUGGGGUUCCAUCACAACCUUUUGUCUCGGCUUAUGUGAAGGACUUGCAAGUUACAAUAUGUCAUUGUAAAGAAACCGAAUUUAGAACA